UAGACCCGGCGCUGGCCGUGGCGGGCGCUGACGCUGCGAUCGGUCUCGGCGGCCGUGGCCCGCGCCCCGCGGCAUGAGCCUGUGACCGAGCGCGGGGCCGAGCGGGAGGCAGCCGUGGCCGAGGAGCGUGAGGAAGAGGCUGUCUGUGUCAUUAUGUGUGCGUCGGUCAAGUACAACAUCCGGGGUCCUGCCCUCAUCCCAAGAAUGAAGACCAAGCACCGAAUCUAUUACAUCACCCUCUUCUCCAUUGUCCUCCUGGGCCUCAUCGCCACUGGCAUGUUUCAGUUCUGGCCCCAUUCCAUCGAGUCCUCAAACGACUGGAGCAUAGAGAAGCGCAGUGUCCGCGACGUGCCAGUGGUCAGGCUGCCGGCCGACAGCCCCAUCCCGGAGCGGGGGGACCUCAGUUGCAGAAUGCAUACAUGCUUUGAUGUCUAUCGCUGCGGCUUCAACCCCAAGAACAAAAUCAAGGUGUACAUCUACUCUCUGAAAAAGUACGUGGAUGACUUUGGUGUGCCAGUCAGCAACACCAUAUCCCGGGAGUAUAAUGAACUGCUCACGGCCAUCUCAGACAGUGACUACUACACUGACGACAUCAACCGGGCCUGCCUGUUUGUGCCAUCCAUCGACGUGCUGAACCAGAACACACUGCGCGUCAAGGAGACUGCACAAGCCUUGGCCCAGCUCUCUAGGUGGGAUCGAGGUACAAAUCACCUGCUGUUCAACAUGUUGCCUGGGGGGCCCCCAGAUUAUAACACGGCCCUGGAUGUCCCCAGAGACAGGGCUCUGUUGGCUGGUGGUGGCUUUUCUACAUGGACGUACCGUCAAGGCUAUGAUGUCAGCAUUCCUGUCUAUAGUCCGCUGUCAGCUGAAGUGGAUCUUCCAGAGAAAGGACCAGGUCCACGGCAAUACUUCCUCCUGUCAUCUCAGAUGGCGCUCCAUCCCGAGUACAGAGAGGACUUGGACGCCCUCCAGGCCAAACAUGGAGACUCAGUGUUAGUUCUAGAUAAAUGCACCAAUCUCUCAGAGGGUGUCCUUUCAGUCCGCAAGCGCUGCUACAAGCACCAAGUCUUUGAUUACCCCCAGGUGCUGCAGGAGGCCACUUUCUGUGUGGUCCUUCGUGGAGCUCGGCUAGGUCAGGCAGUACUGAGUGACGUACUACAGGCUGGCUGUGUCCCAGUGGUCAUCGCGGAUUCCUAUAUUCUCCCUUUCUCUGAAGUUCUUGACUGGAAGAGAGCAUCUGUGGUCGUACCAGAAGAAAAGAUGUCAGACAUGUAUAGUAUUUUGCAGAGCAUCCCCCAAAGGCAGAUUGAAGAAAUGCAGAGACAGGCACGGUGGUUCUGGGAAGCAUACUUCCAGUCAAUUAAAGCCAUUGCCCUGGCCACCCUGCAGAUUAUCAACGACCGGAUCUAUCCGUACGCUGCCAUCUCCUACGAAGAGUGGAAUGACCCUCCUACUGUGAAAUGGAGCAGCGUGAGUAACCCACUCUUCCUGCCACUGAUCCCUCCGCAGUCUCAAGGUUUCACUGCCAUUGUCCUUACCUAUGACAGAGUAGAGAGCCUCUUCCGGGUCAUCACUGAAGUUUCCAAGGUGCCCAGUCUUUCCAAGCUGCUAGUUGUCUGGAAUAAUCAGAAUAAAAACCCUCCAGAAGAAUCUCUCUGGCCCAAAAUUCGGGUUCCAUUAAAAGUUGUGAAGACUGCUGAAAACAAGUUGAGUAACCGUUUCUUCCCUUACGAUGAGAUCGAGACAGAGGCUGUUCUGGCCAUUGAUGAUGAUAUCAUUAUGCUGACCUCCGAUGAGCUGCAGUUUGGUUACGAGGUCUGGCGGGAAUUCCCAGAUCGGUUGGUGGGUUACCCAGGCCGUCUCCAUCUCUGGGACCAUGAGAUGAGUAAGUGGAAGUAUGAGUCUGAGUGGACAAAUGAAGUGUCCAUGGUGCUCACAGGGGCAGCUUUUUACCACAAGUAUUUUAACUACCUAUAUACCUACAAAAUGCCUGGGGAUAUCAAGAAUUGGGUGGAUGCUCAUAUGAACUGUGAAGACAUUGCAAUGAAUUUCCUGGUGGCGAAUGUCACAGGGAAAGCUGUCAUCAAGGUAACCCCACGGAAGAAAUUCAAAUGUCCUGAGUGCACAGCCAUUGACGGACUUUCGCUAGACCAGACACACAUGGUGGAGAGGUCUGAGUGCAUCAACAAGUUUGCUUCAGUCUUUGGGACAAUGCCUCUCAAGGUGGUAGAACACCGAGCUGACCCCGUCCUGUACAAAGACGACUUCCCUGAGAAACUGAAGAGCUUCCCCAACAUCGGCAGUUUAUGAAACAUGCCGCUGGUGGAGGUCUGAAGGUUAAGCUUGGACACAGGAAGAGGACAAGGCCUCCUCAGCUCUCUGAUAUCAGGGCAGGGAAUUUUAGGGUGGGAGGUUGACGUACUAGAUCUUUCUCAAGAACAGGAACCUGGAAGGAAUAUCCAGGCCUCCUGAGCUGUGCACCUUCCAUCCUUGUGUUCCAUGUGAUCUUCAGUGAGUUCUUUUUGAAAGCGCCAAAUGGAAGGCUUUGUUUGUGGUAUGAAUUUCAAUCCAGCUCAGGCUCCCUUUGUUUUCACUCUCAGUAUAACAGUCUGAAAGGAAACUUCACUGACAGUAAGACUGCUAGAGAAGAAGAUGCUGUCGGGCAAUUUUAGAUUUGGGAAAUUAUGUCAGAGGUACCUCACCUUUAGUUAUUUCACAUCAGUGAGUUCUUUGGAAGAAAAGCUAAGCCUAGAAUGUGGUACAAAAUCCAGACAUGGUAUUGGGAUUCGAUAUAUGCCUUGGGACUUAAUACAUGCCUUGGGACUUGGAACACAGUACUGACUGUUGAGUUGGAAUCCUAUAAGUUCCAUGAACUAUUCUUCUUUGACUUGGCUUUUUGAUAUGAUUAAAUGUAUUUUUUAUUCCUUUUUCUACUA